AUGUCUACCGGAGACCCUGGGUCCCCACUGCCGGCACCGCCACCACCGGUAUCCGCCGCCAGCGUCCAGCCCCCCCGCGACCGGAUCCCGAUAAGCUCGAAGAAGACGCAAGUCACGGGCCCCGCCACCGCCGCACCCAACUAUGCUGCCGCUGCGAGUCAGAUGGCGGCUCAAACACCUGAACAACAGCAACAACAACAACAGCGUGCCAAGGCUCUGGGCAGCCUCCUACAAGCCAUGGGUGCUGUACCCGGAAACCGCAUGGAUCGCUGGGUCCAGGCCAUCUACUUCGCCGAACUCUACCCCGUCGCCACCGCCACAUCGCUGAAAUUUUCGGCCUUGAACGCGAACCGGUCCGUCGAGAACAUCUUCGAUUACGCCCUUGAAGUGACUCUGUCUCACCAGAGCGCCUCGCGAGCGACUCAUGCCGACAAGAUCGAUCUCGUGGCCUGCGUCACGAGGCUGCUAUCGCCCAUCUCUCCUAUCUGCUUUGAGCCUGGAGUUCCUCUGCCGGACCAUCUUGCGGCUUAUCAACCACAGAUCUUAGGCGUACAACAUUCAUCAAUCCUGCGUAAUGGGGCGGCUCACCAUCGCGUUACGGUUGGGUUCGUCACCGGCGAGGCACGUGACGCGGCGCUCACGACGCCCCCCGCUCUCACUUGGCGAUCGGCGAAGGCCCGCUUCGCGAAGUCUCACAGGUUCCACCAUAACAUGGUCGAGCUUCGAAUCAACGUCGGUGUUCAAGGAGUGCCCUCCAUGGAUGCCAUCAUCAAAUCGUUCCAAUCACUUGUGCAAGACCUGUCAGGCAAGGGACAUUCAUGCCAACUUGUGCAGGUUCUGCGCGUUAUCAGCGUGGACAACGCCUCGGCCUUCGCCCACGUUGCCGGAGACUACUCGGCUUUCCUACACUUCGAUGACGACUCCCUAUUCCAACGCCCCAACACGACCUUGAAGGAGAUUCUACCUUCGAGGAUCGACCUUCCCACUCGAGGCAUCCCGGUUACCGCCCUUCGCCAUGACUAUGAGAAGGAGGCGGCUUGCGGUAGGUGCCACUUUGUGGGUCACGUGGGAACCUGCGGACUGGAUCAGGAGAGGAAGCGGAAGGAGGCUCACAACGGCAUCAUCAACAGCAACAAAAACACCAUCACCCACAACACCAACAUCGCGGAGGCCGAGGCCCCCAUUCCUGUGCUGGUUGUUAACAGGAUCGCAUCACAGAAUCACUUCGCCGGGCUCGAGGUCGAGGAGGGACAGGAGGAAGAGGUAACUGGCCAGGGCGAACAGGGACCGGAGGAAUCGGGGGAGGAAGACGCUGGUGAUAAGGCGGAUGACGAGGACUCGGAGGACUCGGAGAUGGAAUCGGAGGCGGCCGCGAAAACGGAGGUCAUCAAAAUUGAAAGCGAGGACGAGUCGGUCUUGGAGGACUGCAGCGGAUCCGAUGGAGAGGUGAUUGAUGAGAAUGAGGUGAUGGCGGAUGAAAGAGGUGAAACGGAAGGAGAGGUGGCUACGGAGAUGGAGGAAGAGGAGGUGGCGACGGAGGUGGGCGAUGUGGACGAAGCGAGGGGAUCGACGAAAGCGGAGAAUGCGGAAGCGACGGACUUAGGGGAAACGAACAGGCUGGACAAUGACGACGACAGCGACGCCACAGCAACCGCCGCCACCGCUUCCCGCGAAUCGACGCCGCAUGAACCAACCCCACCUCUGUCACCCGAAACUCUCGCCAAGUCGCUACGCGAGGGGGAGGAGUGGGACAGGAUCAGAGCUAACUGGGUUGAGCAGGCACGACUUGAGCGGGACCAAAGCAUCGAGAGGAGGCUCAACGCUGAAACCCCUCUGGUGCGUCACAACUUUGCCACGUGGGACGAGGACGGUGAGAUACGCUCCAUCAACAUCAGGGGGACCGCUGCGAAGUUCAAGAAGCAGGUGAUGAAGAGGUCGCAGACUGCGGCGGACCUCAGUGACCCAAGUGACGAACCGACCGACGCCAAGCGAGUCAUCAUCAAAGGGAAGAGCCGCGUCGUGGUGAAGGAUGGAAUAGAGGGGCGGAGGGUGACGAGGUCGAUGUCGGCGGCAGCGGCGAUGCAGGUCGAGGUGACGAAGGUGGACAGAGGGAAAGGAAGAGGGGUAGCUGAGGAAAAACGAUGGUCCGACCACGAGCCCGAGGACGAUGUCCUGCCCGCCCUUCCCCUCUUUGAGGACGUCACCACCGCCAAGAGCGCCUCGACCUCGACUACCCAUUAAUGAUCAAGCACACCAUCAUCACCUGGAACGUAAGAAGGGGCAUGGGGGUCCCGGAAAAACGACGUAAUAUCUACACCUACCUUUCCACAUUCAAAGCUUCCGCGAUUCUCUUACAAGAGCAUUUCAUCAGACCACAAUUCUGGCAGUUCAUCAAGGACGAGUACGAGGGCAAGCUCUUCAUCAACCAGCACUGCCUGACCCUGAUCCCGGCCGACUCGCCCCUGAUCGACGCCGAGCUCUUGCGCACCCACUCGGCACUCGACGGCCGGCUCCUCGUCACCUCCUUUCGUCUGCGGGGCGACAUCAAAAUUCUAGAAAUCAAUAACCUCUACGCGCCCGUUGACCCAAAACAACGAGCAAAAUUCUUCGACAAACUGAUCCUCCACAAAACACAGAAAUCCCACCUCCGACUCCUUGGCGGCGAUCUCAACGACUGCCCGCGCCCAGAAGUCGAUCGGCGGAACCAAAGUCGGCGCGGCCACCACUGGCCGAUUCUGAUGGGCAAGCUCGACUCGGCCUACACGGACUGCAUCCGCUACAAGCACCCCAUCACCCCAUCUUUCACUCGACCUAAUCCCAAUCGCAAGCGACCCAACUCCUUCUCCCGGCUUGACUACUUUCUCCUACAAAGAGCUCACCAAAAAAGGCUCGACCAGGCCUCGACGAUCUACGACUAUCCCAAGGAUCUUUCCGAUCACCGACCGGUCUUGAUCGUACUGGCUCUCUCAGACGAUCUUGAUGCGGCUCUCCCACAGCUCAGCCUACCUACCACAUCCAACCAACUACAUCGAAUCAAUACCACAACCUUCAAGACGGUGGAAUUUCAGCGGAUGAUGGAAGGAUGGUUGGAAGGGGCAAGCGGGGAGGAUCCGGUGCGAGAGCUUGAGGAGGUUCUGGAGGCGUGCAGGGACAGGGGUGGGGAGAUGGCGAGGAGGCUGCAUCGGGAGCGGACGGAACGGAUGGAGUAUUUGGUGGGGAGGGUGCAGGAUCUGGAGGCGUUACCGGUAUGGGGGGAGGCGGAAACGGCAGAAUGGACAAGGACGUCCGAGGAACUCAAGCGGGCGGUCGAGGAGCGCGCGCGCCUACUCCGGAUCCGAGCCCACGUCCCCGAGAUCGCUUCCGAGGAACGACUGUCGCGGCCGGUCCACGCCAAGCUCGCGGCGCGGAACUCGGACUCCAAGAUCACAGCACUGCGCUUGGGCAACGGAGAGCUAACGCAUGACAUUGAUGUCGCUCUUGACCACACGCAGGCGCAUUUCCAGCGCCUCUACCACAUCGAGCCUCGUGAUCCGGAACGCGUCGACCGACUUCGGGACGAACUCCUCGUGCCGAUCAGGGCGGCACGGACUUGCGACGACCCGCGCUCAGAUCCGCUCUUUCUGCGCCGACUCUCGGAAGCGCAGAUUGAUCUCCUCCAGCAACCCAUCACCGAGGACGAGGUCGUGGCCGCGAUCGGGACGACGCACCCGGGGCGAUCGCCGGGCCCGUCGGGCGUGCCUUACGAACUCUAUCAGACCGCACCGGAGGCGUGGUCCAAGGUGCUGACCAAGGCCUACAACGCGAUGAUCGAGCGCGGUUCACUCUCUCCCAAGCAGGGCCAGGGACUCGUGCGCCUCAUCUUCAAGCGCCACAAGAAGAAUGCCGAUCGCGCCGAACUCUCGUCGUAUCGCCCCAUCACCCUGCGCGAGUGCGAUUACAAGAUUUUUACCAAGGUCUACGUCGCCCGAUUGAACCAAAUUCUGCCCGAUCUCCUCCCGCCGCAGCAGCACGGCUUCGUCAAGGACCGCCGAUCGGCCGACGCUGCACUACACCUUUGUCUCCUGAUCGAGGAACUUGGCGCGCGCAGGACCGAGUUCCCCGCGGCCGCGCUCUUGUCUCUUGACCAAUCAUCCGCCUACGACCUCGUCGAGCAUGACUGGAUCUUUGCCAUCUUCGACGCUCUGGGCGCUCCUACCACCUUUCUUCGCGUGCUGAGGAUGCUCUACUCGGGUGACUCGACCUCGGCGCGCUACAUCAUCAAUGGGUUCCUGACGGCGCCGGUGCGACUGACGUGUGGGCUCGGCCAAGGGGACCCGGCGUCAUCGUCGGUCUGGGACAUCGUGUUUCAGCCGUUCCUGGAUGCUCUACACCGUCGAAACAUCGCGCUGAAUCUCUCCAUACCUGCACUUCAUCCGUACCCACAGAGCCGCGCCAUUACAUCACUUGCAUUUGCCGAUGACGUUGUCGUCGCCGUCGCGGGCUUGGAGUCACUCAACUUGCUCGAUGACCUGGCGCUCGACUGGAGGCAUGCAACGAAUGGCCGGCUCAACACGGACAAGACGGUCGUCCUACCGAUUGGACGUCGCUGGGACCCUGGCGAAUGGCCAAUCGUCGUCAAGGCCGCAGGCGAGUCGCUCGAGUGGAUCGGCCUCCCCUUCGACCCCAGCGGCGACACCGAACUCGCCUACGCGAAUCUCAUCGAACGGCUCGAGGCGACGCUGGAAGCGGUUCAGCAUCGCUGGCUCACGCACCACACCCGUGCCUUUUACGUCAAUCGGUACGCCAUUCCCAAGAUCCUGCAUUUCCUUGCAGCCGACAUCCCGCCGCCCGAAGUCGUCAAGAAGCUCGAUGACAUGCUCGUCGAUUUCGUCCGUGGGGGCAAGGGCAGGACCAGCUACGGCAGAGACAUUGUGUUCACCGCCAAGAACAAGGGGGGACUCGGGGUGAUAAGGAUGCGGGACGUUGUGGACGCGGUUGCGGCACGGCUCUGGGACGUUCUUCUCGGCGGUUCCGGCGCGAUUUGGCAAGGACUUGCGCGCGCAUCACUCCAGCGAGCUCAGCCCGACCUCGACCUGGCCACCGAUCUCUGGCCACAUCCAUCCACUCCCAUCCCCAACGACCUUCAUCCCCGAUGGCACGCCGCACUGGGCGUUCCGAAACUUCACGACGCGCAGGUCAACCCGAGGGCCUUGACCACCGCGAACUUGCUCGCGCUGCCCACCCUGCUCGGCAGCCUCCACACCCCCAUCAGAGGGAGACAGACCAUCGACGCGGUUCAUGUACCUGACUACCUUCGUCUCCAGGGCUACCCGAAGGUGGCGGAUCUCUAUCGACGCGAGUUGUAUGCGGGUGGGGGGUUUCACCUCUGGACGCCGCCGGCGGAUGUGCUCGGCGACAACAGCGAGUACGAUCGACGCGGGCUCCCGCAGCGACUGGCAAUCGCGGCCUGGUACCGGUUCACUGUCGAUCGACACAAGAACACCCCCUUGGCGGCGGCGGUGGCGGCGGGACGACUCAACGUGCCUCCCCGGAUCGGCACCAGCGCACCACUCGAGGCGAUCAUCCCCAAGCCCGUGGCCCGCUUCGCAAUGGAGCAGCGCCUUCCGGACCCGGUGCUUCCACAACAGGCGAGCCAGUAUACGCUGCUGAACAUGGCUCGCCCCUACACAGUCCGUCGCAUCCGCCGGGUCCUGAACGCGAAGGCAUUUACCAACAUGCUCGGGCUCAAGGGACCACCGCAGCCGGACGACCUCAGGAGCUUCUGGAAGGCAGUCAACUCGAAGGCACUGACGGCGAGGGAGAGGGAAGUUUGGUUCAAGCUGAUCCUCCGCUUCACCCCGACGCGCAAACUCCAGCACGAGCAAAAGCACGACACUUCUCCCGCGUGCCUCGUGUGCGAAGCGCCGGUGGACGACACCGAUCACUACUUCUUCGGCUGCGUCGACUCGCGGAACAUCUGGACCGCGGCAAGGGGCGUGCUCUGCGACGCGCUCGGAUGCGACACGAUCGAGGACGCCGAGUACACGACACUACAACGACUCGUUGGCCUCCCCAAGCUCAAGGCCAAGCUCAGCGAACAGGAAGGCGCAGGCAGGACGAUCGAGAUCUUCACGGGGAUGGUCUUGGAGAUGAUCAGCAGUGGGAGAUGGAGGAUGCAGAAGCACGGGACGAGGAUGGAAAGCCUGGAGCGGAGGAGGGUGGUACUGGAGGAGAGGAUGAAGUUGAGGGCGGGGGGAGCAAGGGGCGGGCGAGGGCAGUAG